AUGGUCCCCUGGAGGUCCCCCAUACUUUGCUUAGUCCUCGCAAACACAGCGCAAUCAUAUACAAACGCGACCUGGACAGCUUGUGAUACACUCUGCACAAAGUUGCCCACUGCAGUUUACUUUCCCGGGUCAACAAACUACACCGACUCUUUGGCAUCAUAUUUCAGCAAACAAGAGCAAGAGCUUGAGCCAUCAUGUGUUAUCAAGCCUACCAACUCUCUUGAAGUGUCAACGGCUAUCAAAAUUCUCCACUCAUUUUUCGAUACCGGGGUUCAGUUUGCCGUGCGUGGAGGAGGACACACGCCAUACGCCGGCGCAGCCAACAUUGAGAAAGGCGUGACUCUAGACCUGAGUCUCAUGAACGAAGUCAAGCUCAGUACGGAUCACAAAACAGUCGAUCUUGGUCCGGGAGGGAAGUGGCGGAAAGUUUGGGAGAUACUCGAUCCUUACAAUGUGACUGUCACCGGAGGAAGAGACUCAGAUGUUGGAGUCGGGGGAUACCUCCUUGGAGGCGGACUCAGUUACCUAGGCCCGAUUCUGGGCUGGGGAUGUGACAAUAUUAUCGAAUAUGAGAUUGUCCUGGCCAGUGGCCAGAUUGUCAAUGUGAAUGAGACUUCAUAUCCUGAUCUAUACCUGGCGCUGAAGGGCGGCGGGAAUAAUUUUGGAAUUGUCACCAAGUAUACAAUGAGCACCUAUCCACUUGGGAAGUUCUGGGGAGGCUUCAUCGCGUAUGCGACCGAUCAAUGGGCUGCACAGACAACGGCGUUCUCGAAGUUCAUGGGUGCUAGGCCGUAUGAUCCGCAUGCAGCUAUGAUACAGAGUUACGGCUGGUCAUCUGGAAUUGGCGGAUCGAUUAGCAAUGGGCUGGCAUAUACCAAGCCAGUGCCUUAUCCUGCUGCUUUUGAUGGACUGGCAAACAAUGCUACUUCUAUUUCGAAUGCUCUGCGCAUCGACACGAUGGAGUCAUUUGCAGCUGAAACAGAUAGCUUCCAGUCAUCUAACAGAAGACAAGCCUGGUAUACCACGACAUUUGCACACACCCCGAAUAUCUACUCGACGAUCUACAAAAUCUACAAUGAAUCAGUUGCAGGAGUCUCCAGUAUCCCCGCAAUGAACUGGUAUCUAACUCUUCAACCAACUCCAGCCCUGAACCGUGUGAACAGCCUGGGCCUGGACCCGGUAGAUGAAAGACUGGGCAUCGCUCUCAUAACUGCUUACUAUACCGACACUUCAGACAGCCAGCAAGUCGAUCUUGCAGCAAGGAAACUCAUUGCCAAUAUCGAGGCCGCCACUAAGGAAGCUGGUGUCUAUCGAGCUUAUCAAUAUUACAAUUAUGCCGGUGCCGGGCAACCCGUGAUUGAUGGGUAUGGAUAUGAGAGCAAAAAGCAUCUCCAGGCUGUGAGCAAGAAAUAUGAUCCGCAGGGUCUAUUCCAGGUGGCGCUUCCUGGUGGUUUCAAAUUAUACACUACUAUGUGA